AUGAGCACUAGUUCCUUCUCUUUCCAUAUAGAUUCUGCCACAACUGUGUCACCUGCUCCCUCCCCUGGUCAUAUGAACAUGGGUGGAGGGAACUCUGAAGUCCAUAUGGGGAAGGAAUUGGGGGGUGAAAUUCACCUCAUCAAGCAUAUGACACAAGGUCUUUGGGAGGCACUCAGUGAUGGAAGGCUCGUGAUUGGCUUCACUGUCAUGAAAUGCAUUGGAUGUUGUGCAGAGUGGUUCAAUCAGUUUUUGUAUUACCAAGCGCAUCCAAAGCCCCCAACAACACAGAAAAGAAAGGAAGGAACCUCAAGAGCCAAAAAACCUUCUGCAAAAAGGGUGAAAGGGAGUACAUGCCAGAGAGAGGUGUCAUCUGAAAGUGACAGUGACAAAGACAAGUUUUCUGAUGUAGAGGACAAGAUAAAGGUAUACUUGGGUUCAGCCUCACACGUGAGGAAGAGUAGUCACCUUUCUGCAAAAUUAGUUGGAGUACAUGCUGAGAAUGCUGAGCUGAAGGGCAAAGAACACAAAGAAUGUGGGCAUCAGCACUCACAGGCUCAGGAGGCCAAGUUGCUCUUGAUGAGCAACAAGCUCUUUGUGAUGUCAUGCGACUGGGGUAUGUUGGAGAAGGAGAUCAGCGAAGUUGUCGAGGAGUAG